AGAAAGAAUGAGGAAAGUGAAAUAGGAGGGAGAUGGCGCAGGUGGUAACAAGGUCAGUGGGUGCGUUGUUGUUGUUGUGCUGCCUCUGGGCAGUGAGCCUAGUUCAGGCCGAGGAUCCCUACUUCUACUUCACAUGGAACGUGACCUAUGGCACCAUCUCCCCUCUCGGCGUACCACAACAGGUCAUUAUGAUCAACGAUCAGUUCCCCGGUCCCAACAUCAACUCCACGUCCAACAACAACAUCGUCGUCAAUGUCUUCAAUAACCUCGAUGAGCCAUUCCUCUUCCAUUGGAAUGGUAUCCAACAGAGGAAGAACUCUUGGCAAGAGGGAAUGCCCGGCACCAACUGCCCCAUCCUACCAGGGACCAACUUCACUUACCACUUCCAAGUGAAGGACCAGAUCGGUAGCUACUUCUACUACCCAUCACUCGGCAUGCACAGGGCCGCUGGUGCCUUCGGAGGCCUUCGGGUCAACAGCCGUUUGCUCAUCCCCGUCCCUUACCUUGAUCCAGAAGAUGACUACACCGUAUUGAUCGGCGAUUGGUAUACCAAGAGCCACACCGCCCUCAGGAAGGUGCUAGACAGCGGUCGUUCCAUCGGCAAGCCCAAUGGCGUCCUCAUGAAUGGCAAGAACAAGGCCGACAAUGAUUCCCCACUCUUCACCAUGAAGCCCGACAAGACCUACAAGUACAGGAUCUGUAACGUCGGUUUAAAGACCUCUCUCAACUUCAGGAUCCAAGGCCACACCUUGAAGCUGAUUGAGCUAGAGGGUUCCCACACUGUACAGAACGUUUACGAGUCCCUGGACGUGCACGUCGGUCAGUGCUAUUCGGUGCUUGUGACUGCCAACCAGGAGCCUAAGGACUACGUGAUGGUGGCUUCCACUCGCUUCACCAAGUACACCCUCACCGCCACAGGCCUCAUCCGCUACACCAACAGCAAGGGUCCCGCCUCUCCCGAGCUCCCCAAGGCACCACUUGGCUGGGCCUGGUCCUUGAAUCAGUUCCGCACCUUCCGUUGGAACCUCACCGCCAGUGCCGCCCGCCCCAACCCACAGGGCUCAUAUCACUACGGAAAAAUCAACAUCACCCGCACCAUCAAGCUUGUCAACACUGUCUCCACAGUCGACGGCAAGCUCCGCUACGCCAUCAAUGGCAUCUCCCACGUCGACCCAACUACCCCACCCAAGCUCGCUGAGUACUACAGCGUCGCCGACAAGGUGUUUGAGUACAAUCUGGUCAAGGAUGAGCUUGCCGAGGUGGAUGAGCAGAAAGUCACCCUCGCACCUAGCAUCAUCAACGCCACCUUCCGCAACUACAUUGAGAUCAUCCUCGAGAACCACGAGAGGGGCAUCCAGACAUGGCACUUGAAUGGUUACUCCUUUUUCGCCGUAGCUGUCGAGCCAGGCAAGUGGAGCCCAGAGAAGAGGAAGAACUACAACCUGCUUGAUGCUCUCAGCCGCAACACCAUCCAGGUUUAUCCCUACUCCUGGGCCGCCAUCAUGCUCACCUUCGACAACGCAGGCCUCUGGAGCCUCAGGUCUACCAUGGCGGAAAGGAACUACCUUGGACAACAGCUCUACAUCAGUGUCCUCUCCCCUGCCCGCUCCCUCAGGGACGAAUACAACCUCCCCGACAACUCCUUGCUCUGUGGCAUUGUCAAGGAAAUGCCCAAGCCCCCUCCUUACAGUGCCUAAUUCUUCUUCUAUUUCUGUUAUCCACCUACGUUUAACCCAUUUCUUAU